AAAGUAAAUUUGAGUUGCUAAAAAAACAACUAAUUUAAAUUUUAGGUCUUGAGGCAAAACCAGAUGGAAACCACUGAGUAGCUCAAAAUUUGAAUUUGAAAUUUUUAUCUACAGUGGUGUAUUCUCCCCGACAUUUUUUUUAGGCUCGAAGUGGGGAUUUGUUCACAUUGCACAAUUGUAAGUGAUGGUAUUUAUAACAAAACUGGCCUUUUUACAAGAUGAGAGUAUUUGUGAGAGUGACUGGAUAACUGUGUGAGUGAGUUAUUCUGUGAUUAUUGGAAAAUUGUUGUAGUUUUGUUUCUGUGUUCACUGUGUUGUAAUCAUUAAUAAACUCUCAUUUAUCCACACAUACCUCAUCCUCUGUGUCUUUUGGAUGUACAUUGCAACAUUUCGAGACUCAGAUUGCAAUUUAUUGGUCGAGAAAGAAAUUCAUUUUCAUAGUCUGUGGUUUCCUGAAAUAACCUUGGCCUCCCCCCUGGCCACCCUAAGGAUAAAGGUGGAGCUCCGCCAUCCACAUCCAGAAGUGGGCUGGCACUCAGGAUGUGAGGCCGGAUAUUGAUGCGCUGGUGAAACUGAAGACAUGCCAGAUAUCAGGAAUCAAACCAACAAUGCACCGCCACUCAAAGUCUUGCAUGAGACACUCUGACAUACUUCUAACCAUGAGUUUACCGGCCCGGCCCACUCAUGAUCCCUGAGCCAAAAUGAGUUUGACACCCCUGGUAGAGUGUGAGGUGAAAGACAUAACACGAUUUUGUAUUUGAGCCAAGCAAACUCAUGAUGACAUCAGAUGUGAACCAUCUGUUGGCAAUGAAAAUGAUACUGGUCGAUAUUUUGAACCAAAAUUAUUCCCCUUUUCAUUCCCAUCUUUUUUUUUUUUCCAUUUGAGGUCUCAUUCGAAAGCUGGUUCCAUCCAUCCAUCUCCCAAGCAGAGGUCACGGAUGGUGUAGUGGUACACACACACCCGCCUUUGGUGUGGGCAGCGUGGGAUCGCUUCCCGCUCAGUGAUGGUGACAGCGGCAGACUGGCGACCAGUUGAGGGUGUGGUCUGCCCAUUGCGCGAAGUGAGGUGGGAUAGGCUCCAGCUUUCCCGCAACCCUUGUGAGGAUAAGGGGCUUGGAUAAUGACAUGACUUCUUCCAAGCUGCUUAUCCUCACAAGGGUCACGAAAGAGUUCCUUUUUAAGGACCGUUGCACCUAGAAAAACAAAUAUAUUAACUACUUGUGGAAGCGUGGCUGACUGAUUAGUUUGGCGAUGGGCAAACGUUUUGUCUAAUGGCCCAGAGGCACUUCGAUUUACUUUUAAUGGGAUAGGCUUUUUUGCCAUUCCACCAAAGUCUGGUGUUAGUUUUGUUGUGGCAGAAUCCACCUGAUGUGUUCACCACUCAGCCGGGAUCUGCAGGAUGUUUUCUUGGUGUUCAUCACCUUAUAAAUCUGUCCAUGCACACCACUAGCAUCCUCUGCGCCAUAUUCCAGAUUUUUGGAAAACUUGUCUCAAGUGAAUGAAGCAUAAAACUCAUCCAGGUUGAGAACUGAACUUCUCUUUUAGGACAGUAUCACAUUGGCGACCAAACAGCUUCCAUCUGCAGAUCCUAUGGCACAGUUUCACGGUAUGGGUCACUUGCACAAACUUCAGAGCAAGUGCAUUGUGGGUAAGAAUUUUUUGUGUGUCGGCCAUGUUGGGUGGUUGUAAACAGUUCUUAAAGUUUGUCUCCAUACCAGCAUCGCGUUUAUUGUAUCUGCACUUUCUAUGGCGUUUUCCAAAUAUUUCGAGGAUCAUUCGGCUGAUCUGAAAACCUACUACAGGCAGAAAAUCAGUUUAUGUGAGGAUCUGGACCCGUAUAGUCUAUCGAAGGCUGAUUUUGCGACUGAAAAAUGUUGGCCGAGAGUGGAAUACCCCGACAUUGUGAACUACUUGGUGCUUACAACCAACAGUCUUACUAGCCAACAGAUGAAGGCCUCCAAGUCCUUGGAGGCUUACAAUUACUUUGUAAGCGGGUGGAUUCAGAGUGUCCUCUGCAAAAUGUUGUCUGAAGAAAAGGUUUAAAUCGUUGCCCGAGUAAGUAACUUGUAAUCACCCGGGACAGAGUGCGUAACUCACUGUUGUUGUUGUUGUUGUUUCUGCUUAGCCAUUAUGGCCUUUUCAGGUCCGACAAAUCGGACCGAUUAGGGAAAAAGAUCUAUGACAAAUAAAUAUUACACCAUCUUUUAAAUUUAUUUGAAGGAGCAUUAAGUAAUGUGACAAUAAUUAAAAUGUACAAGGUGUAAAUUACUAAGUACUAUCAAAUUAUAACGUGAAUGUCUGAAUGUAGCCCUAUUAGUAAUGCUAGCCCUAAUACAACAGUAGCGGCUUUCUAUUUGUUCACAUUUGACAUACUCAAAUGUCAGCUGCUACUGUUGUAUUAGGGCUAGCGUGAAUGAUGCCUUGCCAACAUCUUGUUCACAGGUUAAUCAUUCUCAGAGGAUGUCUGCCACGCCAUUGACCGCCUGGGUCCUCGUAAAACAUGACGGGGAAGUCAUAACAGUGCACUGCAACUGCAUGGCUGGAUUCCAUAUCUUCCGGUGAAGGAAAUUGACUUUUCCUCGGCCAAACGUCAAAAGUCGAUUCAUCAAGGAGGAGCAGUUUUGAGCCCUCUGUCUGAAGAGAGGAGAAGUCGCAGUACUCACACUGCUGACAUGGAACCAACGCUGCAGGAAGUUAACGACUUCUACGAGGCUAUCUCCAAAUGUGGAACUAAACCAGCAAUCUUGUCAUUGAUUCUUGGCUACUUUGAUGGCUACAUUCCCAAACAGAAAAGAGGAUUGUUACCAGCACCCUUGACUUCGCUGUAUGAAGAGGACAACCUGGCACUAUCAUUGGAAGAGCUACAGGAACUAAGCAGGGGUGUCACCUUGAGCCUAACAGGUGAAAUGGUAAUACCAGUACAAAGGGAGACAAUUGGACAAUCUAACACAAAACUCUGGUUCAGACUACGUGCAGGGAGGAUCACUGCAUCACAGCUAAGAUCUGCUUGCCAGAGUAACCCCAUGAAUCGCUUGAAGAGCCUGGUGAAGAAAAUCUGUUACCCAGGUUCACACAACUGUGCCACAAAAGCAACGAGAUGGGGAAUACAGCACGAGAAAGUUGCGACAUUCAAAUAUGAGAAGUUCAUGGCUGAUGACCAUACCAAUUUUGCUGUAAUUGAUACAGGGCACCAUCUCAACCCACGGUGGCCAUUUCUUGGUGCAUCUCCAGAUUGUCUGGUCCGGUGUUCUUGCUUUGGCAUGGGUGUUUGUGAAAUUAAGUGCCCAUUCUCAGCUAGAGAUCUGACUGUAGAUGAGGCAGUCAAAACUCCCAAUUGUUGCCUUGUAUCUAUUGCCAACAAUGCACAUCACUUGUCUCGAAACCACCCUUACUAUUAUCGGAUUCAGGCUCAACUCCAUGUAUCAGGCAGAGAUUAUUGUCACUUCAUUUUUUGUACAUCGAAGGACUUCUACGUUGAACGAAUACAACCUGAUUUCGAGAUGUGGGAAGAAGCUGUUGAGAAGACAGAGCUUUUUUUUCGUCGCGCAAUCCUUCCAGAGUUAAUGGCAUGAGUGUUUUCAAGAUCUGCAGUCACCAGCAACACACAUGGACUCCCCAGCAUGCCUGAUGCUGGACAACAAAGGCCAUGUAUAUGUGGAAGAAAGCUGAGAAGCAAAAUGGUUAUCUGUGCUUCUCCAGACUGUCAAAUUCCACUUAAAAUGUGUGAAUUUAAGGACGAUACCAAGGCACUAGUGGUUUUGUAAUCAAUGUGAGAACAAGGAAAAUUAAGUAACAAAGACUGUGAUUGUUUUAUUGUCUAUGAAAAUAACAAACUACAUAUAUAACUGAAACACCAAAAUAUUUA